CUCUCAUUUGCACAGGUGCCGGCCAGCCUUUACUGGGAGGUGCAGCCAAGGCAGGAGGUGCAGCUGCUCUGUCUACAGCCUCUUGAUAUGCAGAUGGGAGCUGAUACGGAGCCCCAGGAUUUGAGUUGGCUCAGGCAGCUGGAGCUAUGUUGCAAGAGGCUAGAAAUGCAAAGCUCAGCCUGGGUCAUGGUCCAGAGCAUUGGGGAUGGAGAGCUGGUGGGCUGCAGAAAGAGGAUGCAGAAGGCCUUUGAGACUCUAAAGCCACCACUUCUCCCAACUGCUGUGAGGUGCAGUCCUCUCCUGAAUCCUGCCCUCUGCCCUGCCGAGGUCUGCCAGGGCACUGGACACUGGACACCGGGGAUCUGCUGGCGGACUUACCAGUGUCCACAUCACUGCUCUCUGUCUGUCCUCCCCAUAGCUGUUUGCAAUGUGCCACUGGUGGCAGGUGAAGGGGGAGCUGCCCACCUGCCUGGACGGAGCUCAGACUGAAGACCUUCCCUGUGGUGUUGUCAAGCGCUGUGACUGCAGAGCCACUGAGACUGAUCCAGGACAUUGUCAUCUCUCCUGUGUCUCCUGAAGCUAUCCCCGGAGCUUCUGGGAAGGGCUGAGCUAGUGGGUGCCCACCACCCUCUUGUCAGACCCUCUUGCUUUUGUGUAGCCUGGCCUGAGGCAGAGGUGUGGGGCUUGGGCUUGCUGUGCUGUGGAGAUUGAGCUGGGCUGCAGCUGUGCCACCGGCUGCAGACGCUUCUGCAUGGCGCAGGGCGAAGCAGCGGUACCCUCAGGUGACUGCUGCUUGCUCUGUCCCGGGCAGAUGGGGAGGGGUGCUGGCUCCUGGGGAGCUGUGCCAGGACAUGUUUCCAGUCCUGAGGUGGGAGUGUUUCUGAUCGGUGCAGUUUGUUUCAGAGGUGACGGGGCACUCACUGCAGGAGCAGACUGAAGCUGGUGGGCACAGGGGCAGCCAAGCUGGUGAAGCAAGACAUUUUAAAUGCUUUCAUCCCAGCUCUCUGCAGUCCAUGCCUUGCCAGGAGCUGCUCUCUGUUUUCAGUUAGCUUUGUAACUGCGUUAGGUCCCAGUAAACAAGAGCUUUCCAACUAUGUUGCCGGAGCCAAGGCAGCUCUGAGCAUCUUGGCCGUGUCUCUGGGGAUGGGGCUGCUGCGUUCUGCUGGCACCGUGACACAGCUGCUCUACGCCUUGGCUUUGGGGAUUCCCAACACCUUCUCUGGGGAGACUGAGCCAGGGGUCUGGCUGCGGAGAAGGAGAGGGCAGUCCCCUGACUGCCACCUUGGAGAGCAGGAGUGCUCUCAGCCUGGGUUGGACACUCUUAGCACAGCUCUACUCCCUCUGCGCGUUUCCUGCUCUUUUCUCACUCCAGUUACACCACAGAGAGAGGACAAAGGACCAUGAGGAGUUACAAGAGGUAACAGAGCUGAGCACCCAGGUCCACCAAGCCCCACCAGCCUUCUCAGCCUCAGGUUCCCUCAUCUUCCGUGGUACCCCCCUCAUGCUCAGAGAGCUGCCAGUGUCAGACCCUGCUUGCACCCAGCUUCCGCAUCCUGGCCUGGCUCCUGUCCUGAAUAUAUUUUUACAUUUUACGACUCUCAGAGGUUCUUAAAUUUAAUGGGUUCUUUUUUUUCUUUCUUCCUUCUUAUCACCUGAGCUGGAUCCUCUCUGAGCUGCUGCCAGCUCCAGGGAUUACAAGUGAAUAAUUUAGGUCUGAUGGUGUGUUUGAAGUUUAAGAGAAGGAAGUGGCAUGUGUAGCCUGCUCCUCAUUCCUGCCCUAGGGCCACGGUGCAGGGGCUACUGCUGUUUCUCCAAAGGCAAUUUCAAAGAUUCCCUAAGGAGCCACACUCUGAACGUUGCAUGGCCCUACGAAGGCAUAGCCUUCCAGAUCUGGCCUGGAGGUCAAGGCUCCCAGGGCACCACAGGGGCAAUCCGCUCAUUUUCGCGUAGCUGCCCUUAACGGCUGCUGCUCUGCAAUGAGGCGACUCCGCAGCACCAGCACUGGAGGAUCACUGUGUGUGCCAUGGACUGAACCACAGCACCAUACCUGGGUGAGGGACUCGGGGCCUUGCUUGCCAGCCCAGGGCCAGGAGGGGUUAAAUGCUAAACCGGUGUGUGUGUCUUGGCAGCUCUGAAGCACAGUGAAGCCGGCAACGGGCAAACAUGACCUGCUGGAGAGCUGACUUAAGGGCUACCUGCUGCUGGGCGAAAGGAGAUGCCUCUAGGGUCACCAGACUGUUGUCUCCAGAUACUGGUGGAGGAAAGAAGGACUUGCUGUGUGCUGAGCAAUGGCAAUGCAGAGCUUUUGGCUGACCUGCUCAUCUUUGCUGAGUGCAGAGCACACCGCUGCUUGACUCUCUCAGGGUGCAUUGAACCACGGGGUGCAGAAGCAGAUGAGACUUCCCUCCCCAUGUCCCAGGGGAUGUGUGCUGCCUUCAGUGGUCUCUGUGGUCUGUGCUUGUACAAUGUCAGGUGUUGCUAGUUCUCAGGACAGGGGACACAGAAAGAUACUCUGGGAAAUUACUUUUAACCCCCUGCAAUUCACUGUUCCGAAAGCUAAGUCACUUUUGUUAGGGCUGGUUCAGUAGCAACCCCAAUGGAGACAAUCUUUUCCUCAUACAUAUGCUUCUCUUUGCAAAGUGGCUCUGACAAAAUUUAAGUACGGACUUUAGUGAUUUCCAGGAGCUUUUGGAAGAACUAACAAGCAUGUCACAGGGUCCAGCAUUAAAUCCUUCCCUGCCGGGAUGCAGCAGAAAACGGAAACUGUCAGGCAGUUUGAGAUCCACUUAACAGCAAUUAGUGCAAAUGAAAGAAGCACUAACGCGAAAGCCCUAGCCUCUGUGCUUCGGGUGGGAGGAGGAAAAGAAUGUGUAAGAGAAAAUGUAAACAUGAAAAAAUGUGGCUGUGUAUUCCACAAAACAAUGAAUCAUUUUAACAUUUCCAAUCCUUUUCACGUAAGCAGAAACAGUCGAUCAAUAUGUGACAGAAUUAAAGACCUGCAGUAAAACCUUGGAGCUGAGGAUCUGUGAGAAUUGUGAACACACAGACUAAUCUGCAGAAUUCUGCAUACAGUGUAAAAGGAAAGGCAAGUGUAGGUACAAGAGCCAGAAGCUGCAACAGCAGAAGUCUGCUGGGCAAGAGGACUCCUCUGCCCACCCAAAGGAGCACCCAUUGGAGGGGAGAAACCAUCACUGGCAAUGGAUAUGGAGCACCUACAGAAAGUAGGAGUAUUUCCCAGAAAACUCCAAGUUACAACAAAUGUGGCCCUAAACCAUAUCCUCAUAAAAGCCUGCAAAAUGAGAUUCAGAAUGUGUAUUCAUAAAAACUGCAGCCAUAGCCAUGGCUCUGGAGGACUUCCAGCCAGUAGGAGCAUCUCAUAGACUUUACCCUAUGAAGUGGUGAAAACAGUCAAGAGAUGCCAUUCUAUGAUCCUAUGCCACAGCUAACUUCAAGACAAAGAGAAUUUCAAGGUCGGUUAGGAGGAUGGUAUCCCUGGAAAAAGGAAAAGCAGGCGUACAACAGCUAAACAGGCUGAGUGGCAGCAUUUCACGCUGGGCACAACCAGCAGUGGAGAUGAAAGCACGAAGCCAAAUAGACAUCACAGAGCCAGUACAAGUGCUAUUUAUUAAAGAAAUGCCUGGAUUGCAGAGGAAGCAGAAAGGGGCAUCUUGAAAGGAACCUUUAACACCUGUGAGUGAAAAGCAACAAGGACUUGGAAGCAAGGGGAGCUGCCAGAGGCAACAGCUAAUGGACCUGAUCCUGGGGUGAGCUGGCAGAAGGGAGCACGUGGCUGGGAGCCAAAGGAGGCGAUACCAUGGCCAAUCUGAGGUGUGUCCAGACCCCCUACAUUCAAACUCUUCCAGCUGAGCCUGCAGGUGAUGUCAUGGUACAUAGAGUAUUUCUGCACAGACCGCUGGCCCUAGUGUGUGCUGAGCAGCCUCUCCCAGGAUGGGCACCCUGGUGCCAAAGCUCUUGUUACCAAUUCAGACUGGUGCCCCAUGUUGUUGAGACAUGGCCGGUGAGCAAAGGCAUUCCCUCCCUUAAAGAGCUGGCUGCAGUGCAACUUUCCAAUCUGCAUACUCCAGUCUUGUCCAGGAAGGAAAAGGACUGGAAAGAAGGAAAGCCGGUGUCUUUGCAUCUGUCCUUAUCCUUGUGCUGAAACCUGACUGCCAACAACUUGUCACAAAGAUGUUUUCUACAGUGACAUACUUCAUGCUGGGCUCUUCUAACAUAGCACUGGUCACACUGUGGGAAUGCUCCAGCUGUUUUGUUCUGCUGCUCAGCUGAGGAAGACACGUUCUCCUGCUAGUGCCCAAGGACGUGCUCCCAAGGGAAGGGAGCUGCACUGCGAUAUUGCGGCUGGUGCAUCUGUGGCAGUCUCUGGGGCCAGUGCAGAGCCAUCCCUAGCACUCCCCUCCACAGGCUCAGCUGGGAGCGGCCAGGGCCAGCUGUCUGCAUGCAGGCCACAGGCUGCUGGGAAAGGAGUCUGACAGUUUGCUGCUAGCCUCUUCGCGGGGCUCCUGAGGGCUGAUGUGGUCACACGAUGCCCUAUCCCAAACCAGUGGUUCAGUGCUCAGAGGCAGAAGCAAUUUUACAUAAAGUUCAAUUAAAUAUUUGCUUUAUAAUUGCGCAACAAAUUAUUCAUAAAGGCAUUGGAAUCUAAUCACAAGGCUGACACCGUGGAGUCUGCAAAUGACACAGUACUUGGGGAGAAUAAAGAUGGGGGGAGCUGCCAUGCUCUGGUGACAGGCAGUGCCUAAAUGUGUGGGAUAGUGGGAACGCUCCCAGGAAAAGACUCGAAGCAGCACCAGAGAGCCUCAGCAAGGCAGGGCUGUUCAGCUGGCAGGAGGUGAACUUGGAGGGCAGCAGGCUGAAUCCUGCACCCCAUGAAGAGUGAGACUGGUGGGACUGAGGGAAGAAGGAGGAGGACUUAGCGAGAUUAAUCUCUCGUAGAGUUGUGAGAAUAACCAGGAUUCAUGGGCUUCUCAGCAACAGAUUUCCAAGUAAGCAGGCAGCACUUUGACUUUCUCCAUGUGACAGAGCAUAGAUCUGUACUGGCAACUCUGGAAUUCCCUGCCACUGGUCACAGGUAAGAUCAACCAUACUUCUGUGCUCACACAUGAACCCUGCAAAGCACAGGCUGCACAGAAGCACCAAGAAAGCAGUGGCUUGAAAGCACUUCUUCCCUGAAUUUUCCUAAAGUCCUUGUCUGCAGCUGCUCUACCGCAAACAAUGCUGGACCCUGCACGGAACACAUGAGAAAGUGGUAAGAAAGAACUCCUUCUGGCAGCUGAGGGGGGCUGGUGACACAUCAGCUGGGAGAGUUUGCCAGGUCUCUGCCAUUUUUGCAUGAAGGAGGAGCAGGGAGCAGGACUGGACAAGAGCCAGAGCAUCUUUCCUAGUGUGACCAACCCUUCCCUCUGGCUAGCAGUCUGUGGUACAAGCAGGAGUGACAAACCUGGCAGGAGCUGCUAGCGAGAGGGGAGGGAGAGCAGGGCGGUAACAGCUACUUUCUGGCAGGAGGUGAUGGGGAGCUCUCGGGCACCCCUGUGUCUACCCCUCCCAGCACCGACCUCACCAGGGAGGAGGAUGAGGCCAGGAAGAGGAAAUCUUGGUAAACAGUUUUUAUGUUGUGAUUACAGGAACUGUGGAGAGAGAACCUCAGUGCUAGUGAACCAGGGAGAUUUUUCUUGGAGAAGGCAAAUUUCUCUCCCAUGUUGGGAGUCCUGUUUCUUUCUGAUAUUUCUUUAGUUGUUCAUGUCAUGGCUCUUCAGUCUGAGUAGUUUUACAAAUGUGUUGUGGAGAUGAAAGCACCAGGGAAAGCUGCUCAGGAUCAAGUUGGAAAAGCUUUUAACUUUCAACUCCUUACAGACAAAGGCACACGGAGGGAGGGGGGGAGUGCAAAGACUGGGAAAAGGAAGAGGAAGGAGCAAAAAGAGAUAAGGAGAACAGAUGAGUGAAAGGGACAGAGCAGGGAAGACAAAUCACAAGAGAAGGAACAAGUCACUAGCAGAAAGAAAGGGAAAGAUAGGGAGAGAACAAAGCAAAGGGGCCUGGAGCUCAACGAGAUGGGGAGAGUAUAUGAGAAUAAGGGAAGAGUGCUGCAAGUAGAGGAGAGCUAGGAAAUACAAAAGAGCUAUUUGAAUGCUGGGAUAAAGCAAUGAUGGGAAUAAGAGGAAAGGAGAAGCCAGAUGAGGACUAAAUUCCCAUGGAGAUAAAGGGGAUGGCAGCAAAGUCAAAGGAUGACACAUCCAUCCUCCUGUCACUGAGAAUACAAGACAUGACAUGAAAGUGACAUGUCAACUUUUGAGAGCGGCUGCAGUACGGAGCUGUGGAGGCUGCGUUCAGUGCUAGCGCAUGUGGGGAGUCGUGCUCACAAAGGGAGCGAUCAUGUCACAGGUGGUCCUUGUUCUCCUGCUUUGCAUCCUCUGUCACCCCUUCCCCACAGUGCAGGGGGCAGCUCCUGGCCUGUGCUACUGUGUGACCUGGGCAUACCCUGAAGCACUGCCGACUUCAGGUCUCACGGAAGGACUGUUGUAAUGUGCCUUAUUACAGUGCUCUCUGGGGCUCGUUUGGGAGCUGGGCUGGGGCAGGCCUGGCUGGCCUUACCGGCACCCUGCAGGGCAGCAGCAAGAGGGCAUAGCAUCACAGAAUCAUGGAAUCAUAGAAUGGUGUGGGCUGGAAGGGACCUCUAAAGGCCAUCUAGUCCAACCCCCCUGCAAUGAGCAGGGACAUCUUCAACUAGAUUAGGCACGGAGCAGCUGUGAGAUGGGGAGGGGGUGAUGGAAGGAGAGACAAACCUUCCCUGGCUCCACGGUAAGGGGGUCUUAGCAAAAACACAUUGGAAAAGGGCACAACAACUACAGACAAGCGUGGGAACGAUCUCCACCCAGUACCACACCAGCUUAUUGGAUGCUUUCUGCCAGGUAGGCUCAGCUCCAUCUGUGCUGCCACCGCACUGUGAGAAACAGCCUCUUGGCUGUCCCAGGGAAAGGAUCUGGGUGUUCCCAGUGCCUGUGUCAAUGCUGGCACAAGAGCCCAGCAGCUGUCCUAGGGCUAGAUUGGCACUGAGCAAGGUCUCUGUUUGCAGACAGUGUUAGCGGUGGAGCAGCUGUACUCCAGGCUUUGCUCCUUUCCCUACAAGAGCAGCAGGCACAAGUGGGAUCUACUUUGGCAGCAGUGCUUGCAGCUGGGAGGUUUCUCACUCUCACACUGGGAUUGAGGACAUUUCUAGAUGCUUCCAUGUCUGAAGGGGCUGGUAUGGAGUAUUUCCUAGGUCUUCUUCAGGGCCCCGUUGGCCUUUGAGGGUGAGAAUCAUGCAGUAAUAUGAGGAUGGGAAGCCUUGUACCAACUGGUGCAAAGGUGGGGAGGAGAGCUGCCUGAGCCUGCUGCUGCUGGAUCUGUGCCCUGUUCAUCUCUUGGUCCUGGAAAGGAGGAGUCAUUCCUGGAUUCAUGCUGUGGUUAUAAACCACUCUCUUUUGCUUUCCAUCCACCUCUCCCCGACCUGCAGGCCACCUGCCUGUGCAGGAAGCAGCAGACCCAGGUGGUCUGUGGGUAACCUGGUGCUGGGUUACCACUGUCUCUCGGCCCCUUACUGGCCAAGCAGAGGAUUUGUUUGCCAUGUGCAAGGUGCUGCACACAUGGAGCAACAGGGCAUUCCCUUCUCCGGUGUUCCCUCGUGUUCCUUCCAGGGCCGAACUCCAAGGCCCAAUACCAGAGAUUGCUGUGGAAGCAGGAGAGCAUUUUUCUCCAGCCUCACCAGCCUUGAGCUUCUUCCCCGCUUCCACCUUCCACCUGUCCUGAUCGUGCCCAGAGCGGCCUGUAAACGUGGCACUCUGCUGUGGAUCCUGCUGGUAUGUGACUCUCUACUGCAGACAGCGAGCUGUGCGGCCGUUCCUGCCCCUGCAGCCCCUGAGUGCUGCUGAGCCUGGAUGGCGCCUGCCACACUUCAAGCAGGGCUCUGGAAGAAGCACCUGAGACCUGAGAGUAACAGAUGACGAGAUUAUUUCUGCAAACCGGUGAAGAUGUGCAUGUUUCAUGAGUAGUUCUGGCUGUGGCUGGUGUCGCAGAGCUCUGGUGGAAGCUCAGCAUGUUGGUGCAGGGAGAGAUGGAUGCUGCAUACCCAUCCCCAUCUCCUGAUCAGGCCUCUUCUCCCCAGGCUCCCGGGGAUGCUGCCAGCUGCCCUGCACCUCCCUGCGUGAGCCAGCAGAGGAUGGAAGUGACCGGCAUCAGCUGGGCAAAGGACCCUUCGCCAGGUGCUGGGAUGUCAUCCCCCUGAAGAUGGGAGUUACAGACGGGCUUGUGAACCGCACGUGCGGCACAGGCGCCUGUGCUGCCAGACCCUUUGCGCAGUAGCCCAGGGCCACCGCGGGACAGGCAGACGUUGGCCACAGCAGCUUGUCCUGUUAACUCCUCUGUGAAACCGCACGUGGAAAAGCUUCCCUUCGCCUCCCGCGAAUGACGGUUGUGGGUGCCCGUGCCCUGCACGCCACUGUGGAGCUCCAUGCCUGCUGGCAGGGUGGGCGGCAGGCUGUGUGUGACCCCGCUCCCCAGUGAGACCAGCGGCAGCUGAGCACGGAGCCGUGCAGCUCUGUCCCCAGGGACAAAUGCCAGCUGCCAGACUCUUCUCCGGAGACCCAGGAACAGUCUGCGAGGCACCAGCACUGGCUGCUCCCGUGCUAGCAGCGGGCAGUCCAGGACGCCUGUUGUUACAGAUGUGACUCCAGCCUGCUGGGACAGGAGUGCUCUAGCUGCAGGACACAGCACUCAGCAGGGAUGGGGAUGCUCUGCAUUGACCGGUGAGCCCCACGCUGCUGGUGUGGACUUUCCUCCUCCUCUUCCCUAAAGGAUGCUAGUUGCCUAUCCAAAAGCUACUGCUCAUGCAGUCUCCUAGAGUGCCAUGGCGAAGGGUCUGCAGGGCUUCUCGUGGACCAUGCUGCUGCUGUUCUGCGCCAUCCAGGAGCUGGGGGCCUGGGCCAUGCACACUGCAGUGGAGGGUGCUGGCCUAGGGCAGCCAGGGGACCCUGCGCUGCUGGCCGGCGGGCGAGUGAAGCGUGGCUGGGUCUGGAAUCAAUUCUUUGUGGUGGAGGAGUACACGGGCACGGAGCCGCUCUAUGUGGGGAAGAUCCACUCGGACUCGGAUGAGGGGGACGGCUCCAUCAAGUACACUAUCUCCGGGGAGGGCGCAGGGACUAUCUUCCUCAUCGAUGAGAUCACAGGUGACAUCCAUGCCACCGAGCGCCUGGACCGGGAGCAGAAAACCUUCUACACGCUGCGGGCUCAGGCCCGUGACCGGCAGACGGACCAGCUGCUGGAGCCUGAGUCAGAGUUCAUCAUCAAGGUGCAGGACAUCAACGACAGUGAGCCACGCUUCCUGGAGGGGCCCUACAUCGGCAGUGUGGCUGAGCUGUCCCCCAUCGGCACCUCUGUGAUGCAGGUGAUGGCAUCUGAUGCUGAUGACCCCACGUACGGGAGCAGUGCCCGGGUAGUCUACAGUGUGCUGGAGGGCGAGCAGCACUUUACUGUGGACAGUAAAACAGGUGUGAUCCGGACAGCCGUGGCUGACCUGGACCGUGAGACGCAGGACCGGUACGAGGUGGUGAUCCGUGCAACAGACAUGGCAGGACAGCUGGGUGGCCUGUCCGGAUCCACGACAGUCACCAUCGUAGUCACCGAUGUCAAUGACAACCCACCACGCUUCCCUCAGAAGAUGUAUCAGUUCAGCAUCGUUGAAACUGCCCCUGUGGGCACUGCCAUCGGGAGGGUGAAGGCAGAGGACUCUGAUGUCGGGGAGAACACGGACAUGACAUAUCAGGUGAAGGAUGAGGAAGGGGUGGAGAUGUUCAAAGUCACCACGGACAGCAAUACCCAAGAGGCUGUCAUCACAGUACAGAAGCCUCUUGACUACGAGUCGAAAAAAGUGCACACUGUUGUGGUGGAGGCCCUCAACAAGUUUGUGGACCCACGGUUUGUGGACCUGGGCACCUUCCGGGACCAGACCAUCGUGCGGGUCUCAGUGCUGGACGUCGACGAGCCCCCCGAGUUCCGUCCCCCCUCCAACCUGAUGGAGGUCCAGGAAGACGCGGACGUUGGCUCUGUCGUGGGGGUGGUCACCGCCCUGGAUCCAGACACAGCGAACCAUCCUGUCCGGUACGCCAUCGACCGCAGCACAGAUGCAGAGAGGAUCUUUGACAUCGAUGCCAACACAGGUGCCAUUGUGACAGGAAAGGUCCUGGACCGGGAGACGGCAGGGUGGCACAACAUCACUGUCCUGGCAAUGGAAGCAGAUAAUCACUCACAGGUAUCGAGAGCCUCUCUCCGUAUCCGUAUCCUGGAUGUGAAUGACAAUCCGCCCGAGCUUGCCACCCCCUACGAAGCUGCUGUGUGUGAGGAUGCCAAGCCAGGCCAGCUGAUCCAGACAAUAAGUGUUGUGGACCGUGAUGAGCCUCAGAGCGGCCAUCGUUUCUACUUCACGCUGGCACCUGAAGCCACCAACAACCACCAUUUUUCUCUGCUGGAUAUUAAGGACAACACGGCUGCGGUGCACACGCAGAGAAUGGGCUUCAAUCGCCAGGAGCAGGACGUGUACUUGCUCCCCAUUUUGGUGGUGGACAGUGGCCCCCCAGCCCUCAGCAGCACGGGGACUCUGACCAUCCGCAUCUGCGGCUGUGACAGCAACGGGGCCAUCCAGUCCUGCAACAGCACAGCCUACGUCGUGUCAGCGACGCUGAGCCCCGGCGCCCUCAUCGCGCUGCUGGUGUGCAUCCUCAUUCUGGUCGCGCCUUCCCAGAGGGACCAGGCUGGCUGUUCUGCCAGCAGGACAGGCCGUGGCACAGCCCGGCGCGGCGUGUUCCCUGCCGUGAGCCAGCAGCUGAACCACCUGCCUCCCGCAGCACGUUCCCGCUGGCGGGAUGCCACUUCUCUGACUUCUUCCCAUUUUUCAUUGAAAUACUCAUCAGAAAAACCUUCUUCAAGAGAAGGGUCAGUUUUUCUGUCUGAAUUUGAAGGAAAUGAAAAAAAACGCCCUUGGCUUUUUCCAUCUCUUCAGGAAGAAAAAGUCGGGUUGUGCUUUGAGUGGCCCGAGGUGCUGGGUGCGUGCUUCGGGCUGGCUGUGGUGCCUGCCUGCUGUGUCUGUGCCCAGCAGGAGCCACCCCAGCAGCAGGGUCCGGGGUCUGAGUCGCUGCAGCCGGGCACAGGCUCCUCAGCGUGGUCCCAGAAGCACUGCCCCUGUGGGAGAGCGGCCGCAGCUGGUCUCAUCCUGCAGAGCAAUGGCAGAAAGAACAAGAGGCAAACUGCACGCCAAGCAACAAAAGAAAGUCUGAUGAUGCAUCCUCGUGAUCUUCCUUUCUCAGCCAACGGAGUUCCUUAAUGUUCUUUAAAAAGUGCAUCUUUAGUGUUGUUCUCUUGAAGCCACGGACAGCCUCGUAGCUGACCAGCCUACCACUCACAAGCAUGGAUCCUGGUCAUGUACUUCUUCCCAGCUUCAGUACAACUGGGCAUUGUCAAUGGGAUUUGUUACCAUGACCUGUUCUCAUGUUGGUAAUGGCAUGUAUUACGGCAGCGUUCAGUUACUGGCUGCAGCAAAAAAAAAUCUCCUUCAUACUCAGUUUUAAUACUGAAAUGAUGCAAAUAAAUUACACUCUAGCCUGACCACAGAUAAAUCAAUCGCUGAUGGUUUUCUUGAUGGCAAGGGACUGGGGAACGAUCAACGUGCUAAUGGCAAACAAGCGUGAACCUCCCUGGGCCCAGGAAGCCUCAUCAAGGCGCGCAGCUGCGAAUGCUCCGGCACCCGCCGGUGGUGAUGGCACGCUGCAGAGGGCUGGAUGCAGCACACAGCAGCUGGCCGGCACAGAGAGAGGGGGACGUGCUAAACUCUGUGGUGGCAUAAUGUAGGUCAGCAGAUAGCACAGGCAGAAUUUAAACCUCUCCAUAAAGCGACAGUCAUUUAAAUAGCAUCUUGCAGUCCUUGCUCCGAAACAGGCUUAUUGAUCCCUGAGGUCUUUAAGCAUUUCCGUAUCCUUCACCAUCCCUGUGCCUCCACUCCCAUCCUGCUCCCUUGAUUAUUCACUAAAUGUUAUGGAAGAAGCAUCUGGUGACCUUUGACGACAGCAGUUAGUGGGAUGCUCUAACCGAAGGGAGGAGUCUUGAGGCCGGAGGGUUUUUCAGAUGCUGAAGAUGCGCUGCCAGACCUCAAUGUAUGCACUAUUUUUCUUUUCACAGUUGCAGCGAAUGCCUCUAUAGCUGCCAGCCUUGAGGAGGCCUUUUGGCAAGCAGCAUCGUUAAUUGCCCACACACAGCACGUGUGUCAGCAGUGUGCUCACAGCUGUAUGCUCCAGCAGUUCUGGACACAUUGGCCAGUUGCUGUUUGCAGAGAGCUACUGAUGGUUGCUGUGUGUUUGCACCCUGAGUUUUCAGCCCAGGACCUUAGAAACAAGAGCUCUCGUGUUCCAGCUGCAGCCAGCACAGAGAUGUGCUCUCUUUGAACCCUGCUGUCCAACUUCAGGCACCCAAACAAGCAGCCUAGUUAUCUUGGGACUGUGGGGAUCAGGUGGGCUGGAUUGUCCUAGGAACUCCCCAUUGACAGAGGAAGCACCUGCAGUUAGUGAGCUCCUCACAAAGGAGGUAACAAGUGCCUAGCAUUCAGUGUGAGGAGCCCGGGCCAUGCAGAAGGAUUUGCUGCUUGAUAUUGUGGAGGAAUGGAGAGAGCUCAAAGCAACAAAUUGCCAGCCAGAACCAUACCCUUAACUACAAAAGAGGAGGAUUGUUGAGAGCUCUGAUUGCCGAAGUGUCUGUGAAGAUGUUUUAAGAGCCCCAUGCCUCCUCAACACAGCACCUUUUGAGGAAAUUUUUCUACAGCAACUUCUCUCACUUCAGCAGUUGCACAGCAGCCUCUGGCUCCUUGCAGGGCAGGGCAAGGGCAGGUUGAUCUCCUCCUUGCUCCUCUGCAGGAGAGGAAGCCAGUCCUGCUCUGCAGACUGGUGUCCAGUGACAGGACUAUCUCAGAUCCAGGGGCUGAGCUGGCUGGCUGGGCAAAUCCAGGGGCUGCUUUCCUGGCGAAUGUGGAGUGAAGAUGCUUCUUCCAGGUCAGUUUUCUCUCAUCAGAGGCAGCCCUGGGGUGUGGAGCACACAGAACUGUGGCCAAGGGCUCCCAGCUUGUUAACGAUGCCCACAUUUGUCUGCGUGGAGCAGGGCAGUGAGUGCACAGAAUAGGCAGUUGCUGGGCAGAACGGGCUCCUGUAGGAGCAAAGCAGGUGCAUGUGGAGGCAACUGCUGCGUGCUCAGAAGGUGAUGGCGGCGAUUGGAACGUGGCUGUGCUGUGCCCUGCGUGCCAACAUCUGCAGCUUCGAGUGUUUCUUUGCCUGAAGGAAGUCUGCUGCGGCCAGCUGCUUUGCAGGAGCAGCACGUGGCAGCUCCAGUGGUGCUGCUUUGUCCGGUGUUUUUGCUAAAGAGCGGCUGCUCCCCGGGUGCCCUGGCUCCCACGGUGCUCCAUGUCCUUCCACGGGGCUCCUGGCACCUGCGCGUGAGUCCACCCCGCUCCGAGGCUGAGCCAUGACCCUCGCCACACGGGAUGCAGCCUGCGGCUAUC